UCUCUCCGUAAUCUCUAAUUUCAAAUUCAUAUACACAUCUAUGCAUUCACUCAAACUUGUGAAGUUUUUCAUUUUUAGAAGCUUAAUCGUUCAUCAGAUCAAUGUUUGGAACCAUAAUCGUUGCUUGUAGGUGUUGAAAACUUGAAGUCGCAACCAAGUGUUUUUCAAUUUAGUUGUGGAAGUAGUGUGCAAGAGCCGAGGGAAGUAAUGAAAAGGGACAGAAAUGGGGGAAUUUGGGAUUUUGAGCAUGAGAUGGCUGCGGCCGGUGGUGAUCAGGAUCUGAUUCUGGGAUUGGAUGGUGGGACUACUUCGACGGUAUGUGUAUGCAUGCCGGUUAUCCCUCUCACUGACAACCACCUUCCUUCCGACCCUCCUCCGGUCUUGGCUCGUGCUGUUGCUGGCUGCUCCAAUCAUAAUAGUGUUGGAGAAACUGCUGCAAAGGAGACACUAGAACAUGUUAUGGCCGACGCUCUUUCAAAGGCAGGUUCUACUCGAUCUGCUGUUCGAGCAGUUUGUUUAGCUGUAUCGGGAGUUAAUCAUCCAACAGACCAGCAAAGGAUUUUAGAUUGGCUUAGAGCGAUAUUCCCCAAUGAUGUUAGGUGUUCCGUUCACAAUGAUGCCGUGGCUGCUAUGGCUAGUGGAACCAUGGGAAAGCUUCAUGGGUGUGUUCUAAUUGCUGGUACGGGGACCAUUGCUUAUGGGUAUACUGAAGAUGGAAGAGAAGCCCGGGCUUCUGGUGCAGGACCCAUAUUAGGUGAUUGGGGAAGUGGGUAUGGUAUAGCUGCAAUGGCAUUGACAUCAAUAAUAAGGGCUUACGAUGGUCGUGGUCCGCAAACAAUGCUUACAUCCAGCAUCCUGCAGGAACUCAAACUUUCUUCUCCAGAUGAACUAAUUGGGUGGACCUAUGCUGAUCCAUCUUGGGCUCGAAUUGCAGCUUUGGUCCCAGUUGUCGUAUCUUGCGCAGAAGCAGGCGAUGAAGUUGCAAAUGGCAUAUUACUUAAUGCAGUUCAGGAGCUGGCCUCAAGUGUCAAAGCUGUUGUUUGCAGACUUGGGUUGUGUGGCAAAGAUGGAAAGGAUUCUUGUCCGCUUGUAAUGGUUGGUGGUGUCCUUGAAGCUGAUAGGAGGUGGGAUAUAGGACAAGAAGUAAUUAGUUGCAUUUCCAAAGAGUUCCCUGGGAUGCGUCCAAUUCGGCCAACGGUCGAGCCUGCUGUUGGAGCAGCUUUGCUUGCGUGGAACUUCAUAAAGGAACAAUCCUAACACGAAGCAUUUGGAAGUUGACAAUCGUUAGGUACGAGCCCUCCAGGCAUGUUCACAUGUGAUUAGGCUAAAAAUAAACGAAAAGAAGUCGACCAUUAUUGAUGUCGGAUUUGAACUGUAUAGUAGCAAAGGAAAGAUAAAAGAACACCGAAACUGAACAGCAAGAUUUUUUUGUUGCGCGACUGUUAUUCUUGUAUUCAUCAACUGCGACUGUUAUUCUUGUAUUCAUCAACUGCGACUGUUAUUCUUGUAUUCAUCAACUGUUCAU